GUGUCAAGUUUGUGGAUGAGCAAAGGGCUGAGCUAAUUCAGAGGGUGACCAUGGUGAUUCCCAUAGUAGAUGAACUGAUCCAGAGAAACAUGCUUCAGAAAGAAAUGUACAAUACGAUCCGUGAUGGCAGGCCCUGCCAGGAACAGAUGAGACUGCUUUACGAGGUACUAUGUUCAGGAGGAACAACGGUGAAAGCAGCCUUUUAUGAGAUUCUAUUUGAAAAACAAUCUCAUCUAGUCCAAGAUCUGGGUAAGAGGCACUGUAUAUGUUGUGUUUUUUAUUGACCAUUUGACUUUUAUAUGUUGCACAUAUUGUUUGUUUUAAAAUAUUUGUAGUGAACAAUAUUGUAACAUAUUCUAUUUGUGUAUAAAAGACUGAGAAACGGGUAAGGACAAUCUACUUGUAUCUGUCUGAUAUAAAGCCAGUGAGGAGCCCAUGGAGGGCCUCGUUCAAAUCUCACGGAGUCCCACUGUGGUGAACAGGCUGUCUGGGGUCCUGGUGAGAGCUGAGUGAAUGGGCGGGAUAAUAAGAACAAUACUAAUUAUUAUUAUUAUUAUUACACAUUUUCAGAAAGCGACAAAAAUACAUAAUUAUUAUUAUUAUCGUGUAUUGUGUCGCUUUCUGGAAAUGUGUCUUACACAUUAACAUCCCAAUACAACAGCAUCACCACAUAAAGUACAUAAAUACAUACACCAAUGUAAAUCACAAACAAUAUUACAACAAAAACAUCACAAGUGGAUACAAUUCAUGGAAUAAGUUAUAGUUCCUACAGUUUAGUUCAUGGGAGGGGGAGGGUGUUGUUGGGCAGAGUUAUUUGUUUAAUUAAAUUGGUUGUAAUGAACCACCCUCCUAUCUCUGUGUUUCCUAACAGCACUGUGCACAGGCAGCAGUGGAGGACAGUGAGGAGCUGUCAAAGAUGAAGGUUGUUUCACCUCCUGAACCCAAUACCAGAGAGGAGUUCUUGAAAUGUGAGUAAAUAUCAAGGCAGGAACUCUGUCCUUCUACAGUGUCUCUGACACAAUGACCCUCCUCCACAGAGUCCAGACCACAUUCACUCAGCCCCUCUACCCUGGAUUCUGGGUUGGUCCUGGUUAUGGAUAAUCUCUGAAGAUACUGACACCAAUUUAGUAAAGAAACAUAAAGUUGUAUCUACACUCAUUGACUUUCAGUGUGUUCAUAAAUAUCAUACAGUCUUUUUCAGCCUGACACAAUAACAUAAUCAUUUUAUGAAAACAGUAAUACAAUCUACUAGUGAGUGCACUAUUGAGAAGAUGCAGUCCAUUUCACUGAAAGGGAUUUACUAUUAAUGUUAGACACCAGCUUUAUACAAGCUCCAUUGACAAUGAGUUGUUUGCAUUGUUUGUUGAAAUAAAUUAUAUGCAAUCUGAUGUAGCUCAUGGAAUGGAUGUUUCUUUUGUAAUAUAUGUUUUGUUGAGUUGAUUGUUAAAUGGCUGUCGGUCCACAGUCACAGAGCUUUGACUUGAAUCGGUAUGGCUGUUCUAGUAAAUCUCAUUCAAUCUCAAAAUUACAAUGCAUUAUAAGAAAGUUCUCUCUUUCUAUGUCUCUGACAGACCACUUAUAUCCCCUCUGCUGGCCAGACCUGGUAUCUGAUAUGUGAGUUCACAGAUCCGGGAAGUGAAAUGUUAUAUAGGUCAGUGGGAGCCACUCCUAAGCCUACUCCUCAGCACGAAUAGAAACAAACCUUAUCUCGUCAGCUCAGCCUGCUUGUGUUUCAAAAUGGCAGAGGCCAUGGACUCGAUCAGUUGUUUAAUCUGUUUGGAGAUACUGAAGGAUCCAGUGACUAUUCCCUGUGGACACAGCUACUGUAUGGACUGUAUUAAAGGCUACUGGGAUCAGGAUGUCCAGAAGCUUCUCUGCAGCUGCCCCCAGUGCAGACAGACCUUCACCCCAAGGCCCGUUCUGAACAAAAACACUAUCAUGGCAGAAUUGGUGGAAACAAUGACAGAAAUGAAGAUGCAGAAGGAGAGACUCAAGGUGAGUGUUGACCAUUCACAUGUAGCUUAUUGAUUUAGCAGAUUCCUAAACUAAAGCCAAUGAGGAGCCCAUGCAGGGCCUCAUUCAAAUACCACUGAGUCCCACUGUGGGGAAUAAGCUGUCUGGGGUUCUGGUGAGAGUUGAGUAAACGGGCACAUUAAUAUUAUUAAUAAUAAUACAAAUAAUAAAUAUUAUUUGUGCCUCUUUUUUUAUGUGUCUUGCAUGAUCUCAACAGCACAGCAUCAACAUAUUUAGUGCUUAAAAGGAUAGUUCACCCAAAUUACAAAAGUGCAUGUUGAUUUCCUUACCCUGUAAGCAGGCUAUGGACAAUGUAUGAUGGCAAUCUAUGCUUUGGUUUAGUUUCCCUAGCACUUUUUCCAUAUGCUAACAUUUUAGCAUUUGUGGCACAAAUCAUAUUCAAGUCAUGGUACCGAUAUUAGCAUUUUCUGCGCAUUAUGUUCAAAUCAUCUAUAAGUGACUUUGUUAAGUUUCACAAUCAAUUGUUCAUACUUUUGGAUGAUUUGGACAUGAUGCGUGAAAAAUGCUUCUAUCGGUACCAUGACUUGAAUGGUAUUUGUACCACUAAUACCAAAAGGUUAACGUUAGCAUUUGGAAACAGUGCCAGGGAAAUAAACCACAGCAUGGAUUGCUGUCAUACCUUGUCCAUAAACUGCUCACUACAGGGUUAGGAAAAGCAAUAUAUCGUUUUGUAAUUGGGGUAAACUAUCCAUUCCAAUAAAUACACCAAUGUAGAUCACAAACAAUAUUACAACAAAAACAUCACGUGGAUACAGUUUGUGGGAUAAGUUAUAGUUCCUACAGUUCAGUUCAUGGGAGGGGGGAGGGUGUUGUUGGGCAGAGUUAUUUGUUUAAUUAAAUUGGUUGUAAUGAACCCACCUCCUCUCUCUGUGUUUCCUAACAGCACUGUGCACAGGCAGCAGUGGAGGACAGUGAGGAGCUGUCAAAGAUGAAGGUUGUUUCACCUCCUGAACCCAAUACCAGAGAUGAGUUCUUGAAAUGUGAGUAAAUAUCUACACACAACUUUAAAUACGGUUUCACUAGCCUGCCUGACCCACACAACAAUGCGUGCAGGUUUACAGACACACACAAACACAAUGUUUUAUUUCAAAAUUAUUUCAGAUUCCUGCCAGCUCACAUUGGACCCCAACACAGCUAAUAUAUAUCUGCAUCUGUCUGAGGGGAACAGGAAGCUGACCAGGAGUGAAAAUGCUGAGUCCUAUCUUCACCAUCCAGACAGAUUUAACUUCUAUUGCCAGCUGUUGUGUAAAGAAGCUUUGUCUGGAACCUGCUACUGGGAGGUAGAAAGGAGUGGGAGCAAGUGUAAAGUUGCCGUGUCUUAUAAAGGGAUCGGCAGGAUAGGAAACGGAGUGGAUGUUAGCUUUGGACGCAAUUAUCAGUCCUGGGCUUUGGUCUGUGAUCCGUCUAGCUGCUCUUUCAGGCACAAUAAUAUCAGUACUGAUAUCCUUACCCCCUGCUCCUCCAGAAUAGGAGUGUACCUGAACCACAAGGCAGGAACUCUGUCCUUCUACAGUGUCUCUGACACAAUGACCCUCCUCCACAGAGUCCAGACCACAUUCACUCAGCCCCUCUACCCUGGAUUCUGGGUUGGUCCUGGUUAUAGAUCAUCUCUGAAGAUAAUGACACCAAUGUAGUAAAUAAACAUAACGUUUUAUCUACACUCAUUGACUUUCAGUGUGUUCAUAAAUAUCAUACAAUCUUUUUCAGCCUGACACAAUAACAUAAUCAUUUUAUGAAAACAGUAAUACAAUCUACUAGUGAGUGCACUAUUGAGAAGAUACAGUCCAUUUCACUCAAAGGGAUUUACUCUGUUAGACAUCAGCUUUACACAAGCUCCAUUGACAAUGAGUUGUUUGCAUUGUUUGUUGAAAUAAAUUAUAUGCAAUCUGAUGUAGCUCAUUGAAUGGAUGUUUCUUUUGUAAUAUAUGUUUUGUUGAGUUGAUUGUUAAAUGGCUGCUGGUCCACAGUCACAGAGCUUUGACUUGAAUCGGUAUGGCUGUUCUAGUAAAUCUCAUUCAAUCUCAAAAUUACAAUGCAUUAUAAGAAAGUUCUCUCUUUCUAUGUCUCUGACAGACCACUUAUAUCCCCUCUGCUGGCCAGACCUGGUAUCUGAUAUGUGAGUUCACAGAUCCGGGAAGUGAAAUGUUAUAUAGGUCAGUGGGAGCCACUCCUAAGCCUACUCCUCAGCACGAAUAGAAACAAACCUUAUCUCGUCAGCUCAGCCUGCUUGUGUUUCAAAAUGGCAGAGGCCAUGGACUCGAUCAGUUGUUUAAUCUGUUGGAGAUACUGAAGGAUCCAGUCACUAUUCCCUGUGGACACAGCUACUGUAUGGACUGUAUUAAAGGCUCCUCGGAUCAGGAUGUCCAGAAGCUUGUCUGCAGCUGCCCCCAGUGCAGACAGACCUUCACCCCAAGGCCCGUUCUGAACAAAAACACUAUCAUGGCAGAAUUGGUGGAAACAAUGAUGGAAAAAAAAUACGAAGAAGAAAAAGAAGAUGCAGAAGGUGAGACUCAAGGUGAGUGUUGACCAUUCACAUGUAGCUUAUUGAUUUAGCAGAUUCCUAAACUAAAGCCAAUGAGGAGCCCAUGCAGGGCCUCAUUCAAAUACCACUGAGUCCCACUGUGGGGAAUAAGCUGUCUGGGGUUCUGGUGAGAGUUGAGUAAACGGGCACGUUAAUAUUAUUAAUAAUAAUACAAAUUAUUAUUAUUAUUAUUUAUUUUUUAUGUGUCUUGCAUGAUCUCAACAGCACAGUAUCAACACAUUUAGUGCUUAAAUGGAUAGUUCACCCAAAAUACAAAAGUACAUGUUGAUUUCCUUACCCUGUAAGCAGGCUAUGGAGAAGGUAUGAUGGCAAUCCAUGCUUUGGUUUAGUUUCCCUAGCACUUUUUCCAUAUGCUAACUUUUUAGCAUUUGUGGAACAAAUCAUAUUCAAGUCAUGGUACCGUUAUUAGCAUUUUCCGCGCAUUAUGUUCAGAUGUUCAAUUAGUUGAGUUUCAAAAUCAAUUGUAGAUACCUUUGGAUGAUUUGGACAUGAUGCGUGAAAAAUGCUUAUAUCGGUACCAUGACUUGAAUGGGAUUUGUACCACUAAUACUAAAAGGUUAACGUUAGCAUUUGGAAACAGUAGUGCCAGGGAAAUAAAACCAAAGCAUGGAUUACUGUCAUACCAUGUCCAUAUACUGCUCACUACAGGGUUAGGAAAAGCAAUAUGUCAUUUUGUAAUUUGGGUAAACUAUCCAUUCCAAUUAUCCAUUCCAAUAAUUAGAUUUCAAGGCACACUUAACCAGCAUGGCUACCACAGCAUUCUGCAGCGAUACGCCAUCACAUCUGGUUUGGGAUUAGUGUAACUAUCAUUUGUUUUUCAACAGGACAAUGACCCAACAUACCUCCAGGCUGUGUAAGGGCUAUUUUACCAAGAAGGAGAGUGAUGGAGUCCUGCAUCAGAUGACCUGGCCUCCACAAUCCCCCGACCUCAACCCAAUUGAGAUGGUUUGGGAUAAGUCGGACCGCAGAGUAAAGGAAAAGCAGCCAACAAGUGCUCAGCAUAUGUGGGAACUCCUUCAAGACUGUUGGAAAAGCAUUCCAGGUGAAGCUGGUUGAGAGAAUGCCAAGAGUGUGCAACGCUGUCAUCAAGGCAAAGGGUGGCUAUUUGAAGAAUCUCAAAUAGAAAAUAUAUUUUGAUUUGUUUAACACUUUUUUUGGUUAAAACAUGAUUCCAUAUGUGUUAUUUAAUAGUUUUGAUGUCUUCACUAUUGUUCUACAAUGUAGAAAAUAGUAAAAAUAAAGAAAAACCCUUGAAUGAGUAGGUGUGUCCAAACUUUUGACUGGUACUGUACAUGUAUGGACAAGCAGUGACAGAGCAGCAUGGACUAAGAUACAGUAGAAUAGUAUAGAAUACAGUAUAUACAUAUACAUUUUUAUAGUGGAGAUCAAGUUUAUAAAGUGCCUGACUGGGUUGAUGAGACAGUGGAUUGCGCAGUCAGAUGGAACAGUGUAAAUAGGCAUUUUAAUGUCAGAUUUAGCUGGUUGUGACUUGUGGAAUUGCCACUGCUGGAAUGCGGUUUUAACCAAUCAGCAUUCAGGAUUAGACCCAACUGUUGUAUAAUAGGUAAAUAAGGCCUUGCAAUCAGCUUCGAAUGGUUUGAAAUUCAAAUGAUCACAAUCUACUGUCACAGAGAUUUGUUUAUACUGUCGUAGUAAAUAUAUAAUGUUAUAGCUUGGUCUGACUAAAAUCUUGUGCAUGACCCAUUUUGUGUUGGGCGUUUGUUUUCAAUCAAUGCUGUUCCUAUCCAAUAACAAUGGACAAAAGGGUCCUAUCUUGUCAGCCUUGUCAGCAGGUGGCCAAGGACAACACCCACGCCAUAGGUCUCUCAGUUCUUCCAACUCACGAGUUCUUGCUCUGAGGACACACACACACACACACACACACAUCAUCACUGAUAACACACACACACACACACACACACACAUCAUCACUGAUAACACACACACACACACACACACACACACACACACACAUCAUCACUGUUAAACACACACACACACACACACACACAAAAUCCCCUCUCUUUUAGGCUGAACAUUUGAAGACAGAGAACCCGACUCAGAGCCAAUGCAACAGUGACACUAGCCUGGAGGGGACCUCGCCCAACUCAUCAGGACCAAUCAGAAGAUCAGAACUACUAGAUUCAACCUACUUCAUUUAUUGCAUAAAAUGUCUGCACACAAUGUUUUCGGGGCUCUCUUCAGAUAGCUCCCUACGAGUUUGACGAACGAGUCCGUGCACGCUAUUCCAGAUAUCUUUACCUCUGAAUAAACUGCCUUAUAUUAUACCAUUAUCCACCUUGUCCAAAAGUCUCUACUUGGUCUCAGUUCUCCAGUAAACUUGUGAUCAUCAACAAAAUCUCAACAAUUCUCUUCCUGCACCACCUCCACUACCUUCGGUAUCUUGGGCUACUUGCUUCAUGCACAAGGUGAAUAUAAAAUACACUUUUAUUUUACUUUCUCGAUUGACAUAAUGAAACUUUUCAGAUGCUUUACAUUUGGAAAACUAUAAACAGAAAGCGUUUUGUCAUGGUCUGAUAAAACCAUGCAUAUAAAACGAAUUACUUUUCAUGGAUAGUUAAAUUGCGACAAAUGAUGGUGUAAACGGUGUUUUUCAAAUAAAUGAUGAUUGCCGAAUACUUUUGAAGAUAGGCCUAUGCGGGGCACAUGAUGUAGGUUAAUCACAUUACUGUAAGCUCCACUACACAUUUAAUUAUAAAUGCCUACUGCUUGCAAAAUAAUGUUUUUAUACUAAAAAUAAUAUUUAUUUGCAGGACAAGGAUUGUCCUGAAUUUCAAAAAUGCCUGAAUAGGGAGCAAUGGUAAUGGCGUCUUUUUGUAGGCACUAACUCCGCCAAGGUUCGUUGGACAAAGCCUAUGGGGAAAUUAAUGGGAGGUUUUUUUAGGGUUUUUGAAUAAACGCCCAAAAUAAGGUCUGUGGUAAACACAGGCUUAGUAGAUCUUAUAGGUUUUGUAGUGUACGAUAUAAUCUUCAUCAGCUAACGUCACCUUUUGUGAAUUUUUAAAAGCAUAUAAAGACUUCAUAAUUCAUAAAGGUCAUGUUAACUUAUUGAUAUUAUCUCAUAAAACAAAAGGUAUAAUAUCUCCUAAGCCUGUGUUAACCUCAGACCUUCUUUUCGGCGUCUAUCCCCAAAAUAUUAUUUCCCCAUUCAUUUUCUCCAUUGGAAUGGCUAAACGAACCAGAGGUAUCUCAUUUCCGGGUUUUAGGACACUUCAACCACUACAUUUUUAUUCGACACUCGUUUUUUGUGUUCGUUGUGACAUCAUUACCUACAGCUGUUUUCAUCGACACAAUAUGGUUCAGUGGACAAUUGUCGCAUCUAUUUUCUAUGCAAACUUUGUAAAUGUCGUCAAAAAAAUCACUGGGCAAGUUAAUGGAAACAUAGCUACUGACUAUCUUUAUGACUAAAACUCUUAAUGAAUAAACUGCGAUAGCAGCUGGGUAACUGUAUGGCUCCCCUAACUCGGGAUAAUUCCUCUUUCGUGUUAUAUUUAUGACAUUUUAGUAAUUUAGCAGACGCUCUUAUCCAGAGCGACAGUAGGCUAGUGAGUGCAUACAUUUACCACAAUGGAAUCGAACCCACAACCCUGGCGUUGCAAGCGCCACCAACUGAGGCAUACGGGACAGAUGAAAGAAAGAGGAUUUAGAGUCCUACAGUUACCCAGCUGCUACCUCUGUUUAUUUUACCUUUAGUUUAUAGUUUAUAAACGUCUCUUUGUCUCCCCCCUCUCUCAGAAUAAACUGCUGAUUCCAACCAUGAGUUCAGAAAAUGGUUAGGUGACAGUUUUUGGUAUCAACUGAGAUUAAGAGAAAGAACAAUAUAACAUUUGAUCCAUUCUCAAAAUUGGAACUAGAUGCUCCCGAAUUAAGUUCUCUCCAAGAUUUGCUGUAGUCUCAACAGUUAAAGCACUGGUUUAAAUCAUUCACAGAUUAUUAAAUUACCAUAAUAAAUUAGACCCAUAAUACCAAUAUUACAAAGUAUUAUUGUUAUUAUGACACUGACCGAUAUCUGCCAUGUUUGUCAAACAUUAGUGAAAACAAAACUUUAAAUGUACCACCCACCUUGUCUUACUAACUUAGGGUCAGAUUCACUGAGCAAUUAUUUACGAUUGGCUUAAUAACUUUACCUCUCUCUCUCUAACUGAAGGUGUCAAGUUUGUGGAUGAGCAAAGGGCUGAGCUAAUUCAGAGGGUGACCAUGGUGAUUCCCAUAGUAGAUGAACUGAUCCAGAGAAACAUGCUUCAGAAAGAAAUGUACAAUACGAUCCGUGAUGGCAGGCCCUGCCAGGAACAGAUGAGACUGCUUUACGAGGUACUAUGUUCAGGAGGAACAACGGUGAAAGCAGCCUUUUAUGAGAUUCUAUUUGGAAAACAACCUCAUCUAGUCCAAGAUCUGGGUAAGAGGCACUGUAUAUGUUAAGUGUUUUUUAUUUGACUUUUAUAUGUUGCACAUAUUGUUUGUUUUUAAAAUAUUUGUAGUGAACAAUAAUGUAACAUAUUUUAUUUGUGUAUAAAAGACUGAGAAACAGGUAAGGACAAUCUACUUGUAUCUGUCUGAUAUAAAGCCAGUGAGGAGCCCAUGGAGGGCCUCGUUCAAAUCUCACGGAGUCCCACUGUGGUGAACAGGCUGUCUGGGGUCCUGGUGAGAGCUGAGUGAAUGGGCGGGAUAAUAAGAACAAUACUAAUUAUUAUUAUUAUUAUUAUUAUUAUUAUUACACAUUUUCAGAAAGCGACAAAAAUACAUAAUUAUUAUUAUUAUCGUGUAUUGUGUCGCUUUCUGGAAAUGUGUCUUACACAUUAACAUCCCAAUACAACAGCAUCACCACAUAAAGUACAUAAAUACAUACACCAAUGUAAAUCACAAACAAUAUUACAACAAAAACAUCACAAGUGGAUACAAUUCAUGGAAUAAGUUAUAGUUCCUACAGUUUAGUUCAUGGGAGGGGGGAGGGUGUUGUUGGGCAGAGUUAUUUGUUUAAUUAAAUUGGUUGUAAUGAACCCCCCUCCUAUCUCUGUGUUUCCUAACAGCACUGUGCACAGGCAGCAGUGGAGGACAGUGAGGGGCUGUCAAAGAUGAAGGUUGUUUCACCUCCUGAACCCAAUACCAGAGAGGAGUUCUUGAAAUGUGAUUAAAUAUCUACACACAACUAUAAAUACGGUUUCACUAGCCUGUCUGACCCACACACAAAUGCGAGCAGGUAUACAGACACUCACAAACACAAUGUUUUAUUUCAAAAUUAUUUCAGAUUCCUGCCAGCUCACAUUGGACCCCAACACAGCUAAUAUAUAUCUGUGUCUGUCUGAGGGGAACAGGAAGCUGACCAGGAGUGAAAAUGCUGAGUCCUAUCUUCACCAUCCAGACAGAUUUAACUUCUAUUGCCAGCUGUUGUGUAAAGAAGCUUUGUCUGGAACCUGCUACUGGGAGGUAGAAAGGAGUGGGAGCAAGUGUAAAGUUGCCGUGUCUUAUAAAGGGAUCGGCAGGAUAGGAAACGGAGUGGAUGUUAGCUUUGGACGCAAUUAUCAGUCCUGGACUUUGGUCUGUGAUCCGUCUAGCUGCUCUUUCAGGCACAAUAAUAUCAGUACUGAUAUCCUUACCCCCUGCUCCUCCAGAGUAGGAGUGUACCUGAAACCCAAGGCAGGAACUCUGUCCUUCUACAGUGUCUCUGACACAAUGACCCUCCUCCACAGAGUCCAGACCACAUUCACUCAGCCCCACUACCCUGGAUUCUGGGUUGGUCCUGGUUAUGGAUAAUCUCUGAAGAUACUGACACCAAUGUAGUAAUGUGUACAUAAACAUCAUGCAAUCUAUUUCAGCCUGACACACUUAACAUCAUUAUUUUAUGAUAACAGCAGGGGCGGUGUGUUCAAUAGGGCGAUAUGGGCGACGCACUGCCAAACGGGAAAAGGAAGGGAUUUUUUUUCUAAUCAAUUAUAUCACGGCAACAGUAGUUAUCAGUGUUGUAAUCUAGACGUCUGAUCUGCCACAGUGCCACACUGCCACUAAAUGUCCAAUCAGGCUAAAGUCGUGCUUCAAAUGGCCCCCCCCCCUUUUGGGGCGAUUUCAGUCAGGUUGAAAAUCGCCCAGAAGUCUGUCAUAGACUCCCAUGUAAAAUCUAUUUUUUUCAAAUUUCAGAGCUUUCAAUACAAUCUCUAUGGGUUUCUGAGGGCUUGCACUUACGCGCUGUGGUGUUAUUUUAUGUAUCAUGAAGGCAAGUGUAGGCAAAGGUAAAAUAAUAAUAUUAGUAAUAAGCAUGGAUCUGUUGUAAAAUUGAAAAUCUAUAUGCCUUGGAGUGUUUAUGGAUUGAGAGCCAGUUGAAUUCAGAGCAGAGAUAAUUAUGUGUUUUUCAUGAAAACUUCUGCAGCUGGUUUAGGAAUGUGAAUGACGUGAUGGCUGUGGAGAUAGAAGUAACAAUGGAGCUAGUGUUUGCGUUUCUUUAUGUUUAUGACCUUAUGACCUGACACAUGGCCACAUGCACAUCAUCUCAGGGGCUGAGAGGAUGAUGAAUGAUAAAUGUUUUAUAAUGUAUUAUGAAAUGAUAAUGGUGAAACAGAAUGAACAUGUUUGAUAUUUUAUAAUCCAGAUAUAUGUUUAAAUAAUGAAUAUAGACAUUAAGGAUAUGAUGUGUUAUUUUACAGGGGUUUUUAAACUGAGGCCAUGGGGUUGUUCUAGACAUCUGGUUUGCAUUUACAUUAGUUUUUUAAGAAGGGGCUUUUGAGAAGGGGCCUAGGCACGCAGCCAAUAGAAUGAUCGAAUGAGAGGGUGGUACGAACUAAAAAAAAGUUAGGAAUGUUUGUACAUGUGGCUAUAAAAUUGAGCUCUUGGCGAAAAAGGGACAGUCUUUGUCUCUUUGGAGAAAGGCUCGGCUUUGUUUUUUAAAUAAAGUCUAAAUUCUUAAAUUCACAGGCUCUGAUGUCUUGAGAGAUAUUUUUGAGUUAAUUAUCUAGUCAAAUGUUUCUACAACAGCGCUUUCGUCAUACGUAACGUAACCAUGAACGUAACUAAGAAAAGAGCGGGUAGCAGCAUCAAUCAAUUCACGUACUACUAUCAAGAUGGCUAUAGCGUUCAGUGCAACUCGAUUGUCUCUUUGAAAGAAGUUCACAUCAAAGAGACAACCACAAAGUGCAGGAGCGCUUUUUUGAGUUCCUUCCCAUCUCGGAAUCAACCUCAGUCUCAAUCGCCAGUGUGCUUUUGGAGAGACUGAACGGUCUUUUUGCCGACGACGUGAAAGUCAAACUCAUUGCGCAAGCUUACGAUGGAGCCAGUGUGAUGAGGCGAGAGAAGGCAAAAGGUGCGUGAGCAUUUCAAGAAAGGCCAUUACGUGCAUUGCUAUGCGCAUCAGCUGAAUUUGAUCAUGCAGCAAGCUAAAAAGUAACUAGUAAACUAGUCCUCAGCAUGCCUGAUUUCAAUGAGAAAGUCAUUGACCGCUUUGCUGCAUUGAAAGAGAGAAGAGAACAGUUUCAGUACAAGUAAUGUAGCCUCUCUCUCUCUUUGUCCCUCCCUGUCUGUCUCUUUAACACACACACGCCCAAAUCAGUUCACAGUUGAUGUUGUUUAAAAUAGUUAUUUUUCAUUUUAAAAAAAGUAAACAAUUUUUUUUACAAAUCUAUACAAUUGGCCAGAAUAUGGUUGUUCAUAUUUACAAAGCCAUACAGAUAGCUGUGUUUACCUUUUCUAGAAAUUAUUUUCAAAUUCUGUUUUCAGGCAAAAUGUCUAUCACUGUUCAUUUUCACAAAUCUAUACAAGAGGGCAGAAUAUGGAAGUCUAUAAAAAUUUCUUAUUACCAAUGACUUGCAUCAAUGUUUUCAGUAGCCUCUAUCAAAAGCUCCUGCUUGCUCAGGUGCACAUAUUUCCAAUUCAACCAUGAGGCAUUUUUGAAGCAAGUAAUGUGUAUAUCAGUAUUGACUCAUAUGCUGCCCCUGUCUUCAUGUUGUUGCUGGACAUAUCUUUUUUAAAAUGUGUGUAGGUCACCUAAAUCAUCAGAAAAAUUGCCCCCCCUGAGAAUUUUUUCAGGAGCCGCCACUGGAUAACAGUAAUACAAACUACUGGUGAAUGCACAACAUGUGCACUACUGCUAAAAUUUUAACAGUCCACAGUCCAUUUCAGUGAAAGGGAUUGAUUAUAAUGUUAGACAUCAGCUUACACAAGGGCUUGCAUUCUUGGUUUCAUCAUUGAAAUAAAUUACAUGCAAUCUGAUGUGGCUCAUGGGAUGGUAUGUAUCUUUUUAAUGUCCAUUUUUUUGGGUGAUUGUUAAAUGGCUUCCGGUCGAACCAUCAUGGAAAGUUGACUUGAAUGGGUAUGGCUGUUCUAGUAAAUGUAAUUAUAUGGUUGACAAUCUCAAAAUUACAAUACAUUAUAAGAAAUGUCUCUCUCUCUCUAUGGCUAUGACAGACCACUUAUCCUCUCUGCUGGCCAGACCUGGUACCUGAUAUGCGAGUACACAGAUCCAGGAAGUGAAAUGUUAUAGGUCAGUGGAAGCCACUUCUACUCCUCAGCGCAAACAGUAAACAAAAUGUACACUAUGUGUACAUAACAUUAGGAACACCUUCCUAAUAUUUGCCCUCAGAACAGCCUCAAUUCGUUGGGAUGCUGGCCCAUGUUUACUCCAAUGCUUCCCACAGUUGUGUUAAAUUGGCUGGAUGUGCUUUGGAUGGUGGACCAAUCUUGAUACACACGGGAAACUGUUGAGCAUAAAAAACCCAGCAGCGUUGCAGUUCUUGGCACACUCAAACCGGUGCGCCUGUCACCUAUUACCAUAUCCUGUUCAAAUUCAAUUAAAUAUUUGGCCUUGCCCAUUCACCCUCUGAAUGGUACACAUACACAAUGCGUGUCUCAUUUGUCUCAAGGCUUAAAAAUCCUUCUUUAAUAAGGAUCAGACCCUUUUUUUCAAUUUUCACCUAAAAUGACAUACCCAAAUCUAACUGCCUGUAGCUCAGGACCUGAAGCAAGGAUAAGCAUAUUCUUGAUACCAUUUGAAAGGAAACACUUUGAAGUUUGUGGAGUUAAUGUAGGAGAAUAUAACACAUUAGAUCUGGUAAAAGAUAAUACAAACCAAAAAACAUGUUUUAUUUAUAUUUAUUUUUAAUCGUCUUUGAAAUGCAAGAGAGAGGCCACAAUAUAAUAAUGCAGUUUAGGCGCAAUUUUGGCCACUAGAUGGCAGCAGUGUGUAUACAAUGUUUCAGAUUGAUCCAGUGAAGCAUUGCAAUACUGGACUAUUUUGUAUAAAGUCUGCCCAAAUGUGCCAAAUUGGUUAAUUGAUCAAUUUUCAAGUACAUAACUAUAAAGUUAGUCGAGGUAAUAUGUACAUGUGGGUAGAGUUAAACUGUCUAUGCAUAGAUAAUAAACAGAGUAGCAGCAGCGUAAAAGAGGGGGUGGGGGGCAAUGCAAAUAGUCUGGGUAGCCAUGAUUAGCUGUUCAGGAGUCUUAUGGCUUGGGGGUAGAAGCUGUUAACCUCUUCAUCACUAGGCACCUGGCUAAAGUGCCUGCCUCGAAAAUGCAUGCCCAAAUUGAAUAGAGUAUAUCUCCAAAACGACAAGGGCUAUCAACAUAAUCUUGGUAGCAAAAGGUAACACAUGGGAGAUGUAUCUUGAAGUGAAAUAAUUAAUGUGGGUAUUACUGUGUCAGAGGACAUGAAGCUAGAACACAGCAUAAAUUGGGAGGUUUUGAUUCCGCCUGAAAGUAACUUCAGGUUUUAUAGGGAAUAAUUUAUUGGACUUAUGCAGCUGCGGCUAAACACUAUGGGACCAUAGCCCAAUAUCUGAUGAGUACUUAUGUGAAGUUUGAUGCCAAUAAAGUAAAGUAAACCAAAGUUGUAGGGGUUUUAGUUGAAGUAUGUUUAGGCGGAUUACCAAAUGGAGACAUUUGGGUAGAUUUGGGCACCAUCAGUGCCAUUUGACUUUUAUCACGUACCAGACAGCAAAAGGCAUUUAAUUUCACUAACAUACAGUGGGGGAAAAAAGUAUUUAGUCAGCCACCAAUUGUGCAAGUUCUCCCACUUAAAAAGAUGAGAGAGGCCUGUAAUUUUCAUCAUAGGUACACGUCAACUAUGACAGACAAAAUGAGGAAAAAAAAUCCAGAAAAUCACAUUGUAGGAUUUUUAAUGAAUUUAUUUGCAAAUUAUGGUGGAAAAUAAGUAUUUGGUCAAUAACAAAAGUUUCUCAAUACUUUGUUAUAUACCCUUUGUUGGCAAUGACACAGGUCAAACGUUUUCUGUAAGUCUUCACAAGGUUUUCACACACUGUUGCUGGUAUUUUGGCCCAUUCCUCCAUGCAGAUCUCCUCUAGAGCAGUGAUGUUUUGGGGCUGUCGCUGAGCAACACAGACUUUCAACUCCCUCCAAAGAUUUUCUAUGGGGUUGAGAUCUGGAGACUGGCUAGGCCACUCCAGGACCUUGAAAUGCUUCUUACGAAGCCACUCCUUCGUUGCCCGGGCGGUGUGUUUGGGAUCAUUGUCAUGCUGAAAGACCCAACCACGUUUCAUCUUCAAUGCCCUUGCUGAUGGAAGGAGGUUUUCACUCAAAAUCUCACGAUACAUGGCCCCAUUCAUUCUUUCCUUUACACGGAUCAGUCGUCCUGGUCCCUUUGCAGAAAAACAGCCCCAAAACAUGAUGUUUCCACCCCCAUGCUUCACAGUAGGUAUGGUGUUCUUUGGAUGCAACUCAGCAUUCUUUGUCCUCCAAACACGACGAGUUGAGUUUUUACCAAAAAGUUCUAUUUUGGUUUCAUCUGACCAUAUGACAUUCUCCCAAUCCUCUUCUGGAUCAUCCAAAUGCACUCUAGCAAACUUCAGACGGGCCUGGACAUGUACUGGCUUAAGCAAGGGGACACGUCUGGCACUGCAGGAUUUAAGUCCCUGGCGGCGUAGUGUGUUACUGAUGGUAGGCUUUGUUACUUUGGUCCCAGCUCUCUGCAGGUCAUUCACUAGGUUCCCCCGUGUGGUUCUGGGAUUUUUGGUCACCGUUCUUGUGAUAAUUUUGACCCCACGGGGUGAGAUCUUGCGUGGAGCCCCAGAUCGAGGGAGAUUAUCAGUGGUCUUGUAUGUCUUCCAUUUCCUAAUAAUUGCUCCCACAGUUGAUUUCUUCAAACCAAGCUGCUUACCUAUUGCAGAUUCAGUCUUUCCAGCCUGGUGCAGGUCUACAAUUUUGUUUCUGGUGUCCUUUGACAGCUCUUUGGUCUUGGCCAUAGUGGAGUUUGGAGUGUGACUGUUUGAGGUUGUGGACAGGUGUCUUUUAUACUGAUAACAAGUUCAAACAGGUGCCAUUAAUACAGGUAACGAGUGGAGGACAGAGGAGCCUCUUAAAGAAGAAGUUACAGGUCUGUGAGAGCCAGAAAUCUUGCUUGUUUGUAGGUGACCAAAUACUUAUUUUCCACCAUAAUUUGCAAAUAAAUUCAUAAAAAAUCCUACAAUGUGAUUUUCUGGAUUUUUUUCCCUCAUUUUGUCUGUCAUAGUUGAUGUGUACCUAUGAUGAAAAUGACAGGCUUCUCUCAUCUUUUUAAGUGGGAGAACUUGCACAAUUGGUGGCUGACUAAAUACUUUUUUCCCCCACUGUAUGUGUACAUUCCAUCAAAAUACAACUGUUUUGAUGUUGUUUCCCAUGUUCUCCCAGACCUCUAUACGUGUUCCCAUUGAAAUAAACAAUACAAUGGGAAAUUUUGACUCCAAACUGAGCAGAUUUAUUAGAAACUAUAAACAACAAAUUUAAAAACAAAAAUUACACACAUCCCAAAACUAUAAACAAUGAUAUGGUGUCCUUGGGUGGGUUGUCACACAAAAUGUAGACCCUUUUUUCUCUUCUAUUAUGCCACCUAUCUUCUUCUUCCUCCCCGACUCUUGGAGUGGCAAGCCUACCUCCACCACGCUGACUUGGAUGCGCUGACUUUGAGAAAGCUUUUCCUUUUCUUUUGGGUUGAGGGCUCUUUACAGGGGACUCAGUGUCCGAUGAAGACCGUGGCCGAGGGAGGGGAGCAG